ACUUCAGGACACUCAGGCAUUUUUUUUCCCGGAAGUAGAACGUGUUGACUACCUAACAAGCUGAAAUCGCAAAGCUUCAAGAGGUCCAAAGUUGAAUAUUUGCCAACUUACUAGGCUUAUUAAUAGUACGUGUUAGUGAUUCAUCUGCAGAGAUGAGUCUCCAGUGGACGGCCGUGGCCUCCUUCUUGUAUGUGGAGGUCUUCUUGGUGCUCCUUCUCUGCAUUCCGUUCAUUUCUGCCAAGAGAUGGAGCAGUGUCUUUAGGUCUCGGCUGGUCCAAACCAUUGCCCUAUAUGGUAAUACUUCCUUCCUAGUGGCAAUGGCUAUCCUUGUCUUCCUGCUCAUUGAUGCGUUCCGUGAGGUGAGCAAGUACAGCGUGACGGAGAAGGUGGAUCUGACCAACAAUCCCACUGCCAUUGAACACAUUCACAUGAAACUGUUCAGAGCGCAGAGGAAUCUUUAUAUCGCCGGAUUCGCACUCUUGCUUUGCCUGUUGCUGCGUCGUCUGGCCACUCUGCUUUCCCAGCAGGCCUCCCUGAUGGCGUCCAACGAGGCCUUCAAGAAGCAAGCGGAGGGCGCCAGCACCGCCGCCAAAAGCUUCAUCGAUGAAAAUCAGAUGCUGCAAGAUAAACUCCGUGAGGCUGGUGUGGAGGUGCCAGAGGCGGGGAAGAAAGUAGGCGGAGUCCACGAGGAGAACAAGGCUCUGAAGGAGGAAGUAAAGACUUUGAAGGAUGAACUGGAUGCCACCAGGAAAGCUCUUCGCAAGAGUGACGGUGAUGUUUCGGCUAUGAAGAAACAAGCCGGCAACCUGACGGUGGAAUAUGACAGACUGUUGGACGAGCACAGCAAAUUACUUGCCAGUGGUGAUAAGAAGUCUGACUGAGGAUGAUGAAGAUGAAUGUUCUUCAUCUUCAUAGUGGCGGGCCUGCUUCAUGGUCUUAUGUUGCUUCCUGAUGGCGUCUCUUGAUUUCUGUUUUGUUUUGCUUUUUGUUUGUUUUCUCAGUCACGUAAGAGCUCAUAUUCCCAUUGUUGAAGGUCCCCCCCCAAGUGGCCCAUCUUCUCGACAAGUGUUUGACUUUCUCGGUUCUUGGUUCUCGCGUACAUAGCCUUAAGCAUGACUUGUUAGCCGCACUCGCUAAUGUGAUGCUUCUGUGUGUGACUCGUGUGUCACAUUGCAACGGAAACUGCGUAUACAACCUGUAGUGUCACCUCCAAUACACAACUUGGCACAAAC